AUGGAGGUCGAAACUUCCACAGUAUCGGCGAGCGCCUUACGAGAUACAAGUCCGCCGCGCAAUGCUCCUUCUUCGCCGCGGAACGAUCGAGGUGGACGAAGCGCACUCAAGCAGGAGUCGGCGUCGCGAGGCAAGAAUUCCGGUAUUGUCAAGGUUAGGACGGAAGAAGAGAAGCAGGCUGCUGCAAAAGCCGAGUAUGAGAAGCUAUUGACUAUGCGGUCUGGUGGAACUUAUAUACCUCCUGCUCGACUACGCGCAUUACAAUCGCAGAUUACGGACAAAUCGAGCAAAGAAUACCAGCGCAUGGCUUGGGAAGCGCUGAAGAAGUCUAUUAAUGGUCUUAUCAACAAGGUCAACGUCUCAAAUAUUAAGCACAUUGUACCCGAACUGUUUUCGGAGAAUCUGGUGAGGGGAAGAGGGCUAUUCUGUCGCAGCAUAAUGAAGGCACAAGCGGCCAGUUUACCUUUUACACCAAUUUACGCAGCAAUGGCCGCUAUUGUCAACACCAAGCUUCCUCAAGUUGGAGAACUUUUAUUAAAACGUCUGGUAAUGCAGUUCCGAAAAGGGUUCAAGAGAAAUGAUAAGGCUGUUUGUCUUUCGGCAACCACAUUCAUCGCGCAUCUUUGUAACCAGCAGGUAGCGAAUGAAAUUGUUGCAGCCAAAAUGCUAGUCCUCCUGCUCAACAAGCCAACUGACGACAGCGUGGAAAUUGCUGUGGGAUUAACGAGGGAAGUUGGUCAACACUUGGAAGAGAUGAAUAGUAAGGUCGCAUUGGCAGUGUUCGAUCAGUUUCGUAACAUCUUACACGAAGCCGAUAUCGACAAGAGGGUUCAGUACAUGAUCGAAGUACUGUUUCAAGUUCGAAAAGACAAAUAUAAGGACAAUCCAGCCAUCAAGGAAGAGUUGGACUUGGUGGAGGAGGAGGAUCAGAUUACGCAUACAGUGGACUUGGUUGGAGAAAUCGAUGUCCAGGAUGGACUGAACAUUUUCAAGUUUGAUCCGGAAUGGGAAGAACACGAGGAGGCAUACAAAGCUUUGAAGGCCGAAAUCUUGGGGGAAGGUAGCGACGACGAAGAAGAUGACGACGAGGAGAGUGACGAUAGCGAGGAUGACGCCGAAAAGCAAGGCGAAAAAGCAUUGGAGAUUAAGGAUCAAAGCAAUACCGAUCUGGUUAAUCUUCGACGAGUCAUCUACUUGACCAUCAUGUCUAGUAUCGACCCCGAAGAAUGCUGUCACAAGUUGAUGAAAAUCAACCUGCCAGCUGGCCAAGAACCCGAGCUUCCAUCGAUGAUCAUCGAAUGUUGUUCUCAGGAAAAGACAUAUUCCAAAUUCUAUGGACUAAUCGGUGAACGUUUCGCCAAGAUCAACCGCUUGUGGACGGAACAAUUCGAGCAGUCUUUCGCGAAAUACUACGAUACUAUACAUCGAUACGAGACAAACAGACUCCGCAACAUUGCUCGAUUCUUCGGACACCUCAUCAGCUCAGACGCGAUUGGAUGGCACGCGUUGUCCGUGGUUCACUUAAACGAGGAAGAGACGACGUCGAGUAGUCGAAUCUUCAUCAAGAUUCUCUUCCAGGACCUAUCCGAGGCGAUGGGUAUGGAUAAGCUGACAGCUAGACUUCGAGAUGAUAUAUUGCGGCCCUACUUUGAUGGUCUUUUCCCGCUCGACAAUCCUCGGAAUACGAGAUUCUCCAUUAAUUAUUUUACUAGUAUUGGGAUGGGCAGGGUGACGGAGGAGAUGAGAGAAUACCUCCAGAACAUGCCCAAACCUGCCUUGCCUGCCCCUGCUGCCGUCGAUGAUUCACGCUCUUAUUCAGGUAGCUCAGUAUCGAGUUACUCAUCAUACACAGGUUCAUCAUAUUCUGGGUCCCGAUCUCGCUCACGCAGUCGAACCCCCUCACGUACACGAGCCCUAGAUAGGAGACGUUCCCCUUCCCCGGAUAGGAAACGGUCCAUGUCCAGAACGCCUGAGAGGAGGAACCGCAAUCAAAGAGGCAGGAGUCGGACGAGGUCCAUAUCUAGGUCCGUUACGCCGCCUCGACGCGCAAUCAAACGCGAAUCGAUUUCGGCCAGUCCACCUCGACGUUCUAGGAGGUAUUCAAGUUACUCUCAGUCGCCCCCUCGAAGAAACAAUCGUGGAGACAGUCGUUCGGUGACGCCUCCGGUCAAGCGAGGGCGAGCGGUGAGCAAUUCGAGGUCUCCGCCGAGACACGUCGUACGAAGAAAUACAUCAUCUGUCAGCUCUGCCCCUCGUCGGCGCCGCGACUCAAGCAUUUCCAAGUCUCCUCCAAGAAGAGCCGCAAGAAGAGACAGCUACUCGGUAUCACCCCCUCGUAGAAGUCGUCGAGAUGAUAGCUAUUCUCGAUCGCCGCCACGACAUCGUGGCGGACGUCGUGACACUCGAUCGAUCUCGCCUCCGCCACAUAAAAGGAGAAGAGAGUACAGCGUCUCUCGAUCUCCUCCGCCACCAAAAAGAGGCCGCCGGUACAGCUAA